UCGCGCGCAAAUACGACACGAGGUUGGUACUAGUCGCGCGUGGUGCGAAAUAGCGUAUAUCCGUUUGUAACGGACGCGCAACGCGGUAACCUUGCUACAAAAACUAUAUAAUACGAUGGACAUCGAAAAUUACGAUUUGACGCGAAGUGUUAUCUAGUGCUUUCUAACGACAAUUGUAGUUUUAUGCUUUAAUCAACAGUGACCUGUGUUUCGUGGCUAUUGGGAAUGAACUGCAGAAGUGCAACGAACAAUUUCAUCCGGCAGAAAUUGUUAAUAAUAUCCGACCGUGAAACUCGAAGAAUGUCGAAAAUUUGUUUUGCACUUCGAAAGAACAACGAUGUACACGACUGUAUGAUACAAGGAUAAGGAAACGACAGCCUUACUAAACAAGGUGGUGUCUCUCCGAGCACCACCCUCCUUCAAAUUGUAUCUCGGCCCUGGAUUCAGGGGUCAUAAAUGUUUUACAAAGAAACCGUGGAAAAUACAACCGUUGAGCUGGCUCCCCAACAGUCAACUGGUGUAAACACAUUCGAGCAUCCGGAACAUCCGCAGGACGACAGUAUGGAAACCGGGGACGAGGCAGUUUCCAUCCGGAUGGAAACAAACGCGUCCUCAUCCUCGAAUAACACGCUGAGUCCCCGCACACCGCCGAAUUGCGCGCGGUGUCGCAAUCAUCGGCUGAAGAUCGCUCUGAAAGGACACAAGAGGUAUUGCAAGUUCCGUACUUGCACUUGCGAGAAGUGUAAGUUGACCGCCGAUCGACAACGGGUUAUGGCGAGGCAGACAGCUUUGAGGAGAGCUUUGGCGCAGGACGAAGUCAAAGUCAGAGCGGCGGAAGAGCAGGUGGAUCCACCACCAUUCGGUGUCGAAGGUGAUCGACUUUCCUCAGUUCCUCAGCCAGCCAGAAGUCUCGAGGGUAGUUACGAUAGUAGCAGCGGUGAUUCGCCUGUCAGCAGUCAUGGCGGCAACGGCAUGCACACAGGCCUCAGCGGUGGUGUCAUCAGUAUUCCUGCUUCCAGAAAAUUACCCCCGUUGCACCCUCUCACUGGAACGACCGCGCAUUUGCCGCAGUCGCAGAACGGUGACACUGUAGAAGUUUUGCUGGAGUACAGUUCCAAGCUUCUAGAUCUCUUCCAAUACAAUUGGGACAUGCUACCAUUGAUGUACGUCAUUUUAAAAUAUGCAGGGGCUAAUCUGGAAGAGGCUGUGAGAAGCAUAAUGGAAGCCAACAACGAGAUUCGUACGAUGCACUUUUGGAAAGCAGUGAGAAUGGUCCAAUCAUCUAGUCGGACGUAUUGUUGCACCGCAGCGUUUACUGGACCUACGGGAGCGCCAACUUACGAGGGACAAGCACCCAUCAUAGGGGCACCACCACCGGGUGCUGUCCACCUUAGGCCACUUUUACACACCGCGAAUGGGCAUAUGCCAACAGUCAUAGUACCGUCCAGUCCUGACAGCCCUCCAGAACAUACUACUACGUAGCCUCGAUCGAUUACCAACCAGUCGGUGAAGUAAAGCGGCUGGAAGAACAGGUAGAAUCCAAAGAGAAGCGACGCCCGUGUGUUAUAUAGCGAGGACGAGGAGAAGGAGGUGGAGCAAGAGAAAAUGAAGAGUAGGAAGGAGGAGGAGGAGGAGGAGGAGGACCUGGAAGGAAGUAAACGACAAGAGAGAAGAAGAAGCUUCUCCACGUAACGUUCUCCAUCGCGGUCAUCGUUCCUCGAAUGUUCUGAUCGCCGCGGUGCACGCCUCUCGUGUGGCACGAAACGACGAAAUUUCCGAUUAACCGGAACGUUUACUUUUUGUUAGUAGCUUCAGGCUACGUUGUCCGAGUCCUCACGGAGAGAGCGAUUGUCGUCUCUCCUUCGUUCGGUUGCCGAUAUUGGAUUGCGGAAUCAUUGGCAACUUUCUUCCUAUUUCGAAGAGAGGAAGAG